CCAGUAACCCGGGAGGGGGGAGGGACCGCCUGCGCCUUGCGCUGCUGUUGUGCGUGGAGCGGCCGUUCCCUCCCUCCGCAGCCCCUGCGGUCGCUGGCCGGGAAACCCCGUCGAGCGGAGGAGCGGUAGUAGCGCCGUGAGGGGAAGGAGUUGGAGGCCGAGGCCGAAGACGACGACGACGAAAGAGGAGGAGGAGAAAGAAAAGGAGCGGAGGAAGACUGAGGAAGAGGAGGAAGGAAGGAGAGAAGAGAGGAGUCUUAGGAAGCCGCCGCCGCCGCCAUGAUGGAGGCCUAGCCGGCCCAGCGCAACGCCUGACGGGAGCGCCGCUGCUGCCGUCGCGGAGGGCCAUGGCGGAGCGAGGCGGCCUCUGAGGAGGAGGAAGCCGCCGCCUCACACGGGAGGACGCCCCUCGCGGCCCUUUUUCUCCUCGGGGCAUCCUUCCCUCCCCACCCGCCCGCCGCCGCCGUAGUUUCGGCGCCUGCCCAUCCCCCACCCGCGUAGCGCCCCCCGUCCCUCCCUCCCCUCCACCGCCAUGUCCUGCGUGCACUACAAGUUCUCCUCGAAGCUCAAGUAUGACACGGUCACCUUCGAUGGGCUCCACAUCUCGCUCUGCGACCUCAAGCGCCAGAUCAUGGGCCGCGAGAAGCUCAAGGCCGGCGACUGCGACCUCCAGAUCACCAACGCUCAGACCAAAGAAGAAUAUACUGAUGAUAAUGCCCUGAUUCCCAAGAACUCAUCUGUUAUUGUCAGAAGAAUUCCUAUUGGUGGAGUAAAAUGUACAAGCAAAACUUAUGUCAUAAGUCGAACUGAUCCAGUGAGUGGAACUUCAAAAGCAAUUGAUGACUCUUCUGCAUCUAUUUCUCUGGCCCAGCUUACAAAGACCGCCAAUCUGGCUGAAGCCAAUGCUUCCGAAGAAGAUAAAAUUAAAGCUAUGAUGUCACAGUCUGGCCACGAAUAUGAUCCAAUCAAUUACAUGAAGAAACCCCUGGGUCCGCCUCCGCCAUCAUACACUUGCUUUCGUUGUGGAAAAGCUGGCCAUUACAUAAAGAACUGCCCGACCAAUGGGGACAAAAACUUCGAGUCUGUUCCCAGGAUUAAAAAGAGCACAGGAAUUCCCCGAAGUUUCAUGAUGGAGGUGCAGGACCCUAAUACCAAGGGCGCCAUGCUCACAAACACAGGGAAAUAUGCCAUCCCAACUAUUGAUGCUGCUGCUUAUGCUAUAGGAAAGAAAGAGAAGCCCCCUUUCCUACCAGAGGAGCCAUCGUCUUCCUCAGAAGAAGAUGACCCUAUUCCAGAUGAGCUGUUGUGUCUGAUUUGCAAAGAUAUAAUGACUGAUGCUGUGGUCAUUCCCUGCUGUGGAAACAGCUACUGUGAUGAAUGUAUCAGAACAUCGCUGCUAGAAUCAGAGGAACAUACCUGCCCAACUUGUCAUCAGACAGAUGUUUCUCCUGAUGCGUUAAUUGCCAACAAAUUUUUACGCCAGGCUGUAAAUAACUUCAAAAACGAAACUGGCUACACAAAAAGACUUCGCAAACAGCCCCAGCCACCUAGACCAGCAGUUCAGCGGAAUGUGCCUUCAUUACCAAGGCCAACAGGUUCCAGGCAGCAGGAUCCGCUCAUAAUUCCAACCACUUCUGCCCCUCUUCAUACACCUGCAUCCCUCACCCUGUCAUCAGCUCCUGGCCAAUCAGUAUCUUCAACAGCCACGUUGUCAGUCAGCCAUUCUGCCACCAAAUCUGCUAGUGAGGUCUCUGCACCAAUGUCUCUGGCGGUUCAUGCUGACAAGCCAGAAGGACCUUUCCGUGAGGGUGAUGGUAUUGGACCAGCUGCUGCUAUAGUGACUGCCUCAGAACACUCAAAGCCGCCUUCCUCACUAUCAAUUAAUACUGUGAUGGAGGAGAAGGGCUAUCAGGUUCCUGUGCUUGGGCAGCCAGCUUUGCCAGGACAGCUGGGCUGUCAUGGGCAUUCAAUACCCACCAUGGGUCAGCCGAUGAGAACCAAUCCUGUUCGCUCUGCAGGCAAUAGGUCAGGCUGGGAGCCAAGUUCAAAUCGAGGACGCCCGCAUAGUGACCGUACACAAAGGACUCAGGCCCCAACACUGCCAGCAUCAACACCAGUCUUUGUGCCCGUGCCUCCUCCUCCCCUGUAUCCUCCUCCUCCCCAUGCACUUCCUCUUCCACCGGGGGUACCUCCACCACAGUUUCCUCCUCAGUUUCCACCUGGUCAGCCUCCACCUGCUGGGUACACUGUCCCCCCUCCGGGAUACCCCCCAGCUCCAGCAAACAUAUCAACACCUUGGGUACCAACACCAGUACCAACGGCUCAUUCAAAUGCCAUCCCAACGACACAAGCACCUCCUCUCUCUAGGGAGGAGUUUUACAGAGAACAGCGGAGACUUAAAGAGGAGGAAAAGAAAAAGUCAAAGCUUGAUGAGUUUACAAAUGAUUUUGCUAAGGAACUGAUGGAAUAUAAAAAAAUCCAGAAGGAACGCAGGCGCUCUUAUUCCCGGUCCAAAUCACCAUAUAGUGCAUCUUCAUACUCAAGAAGUUCCUAUACGUACUCCAAGUCCCGAUCUGGCUCAUCCCGUUCUCGAUCCUAUUCUCGGUCAUUCAGCCGUUCCCAUUCCCGCUCCUACUCACGAUCUCCUCCAUACCCACGGAGAGGCAGGGGGAAGAGUCGGAACUACCGUUCCAGGUCAAGAUCGCACGGAUAUCACCGCUCAAGAUCCAGGUCACCCCCCUACAGAAGGUAUCAUUCUCGAUCGAGGUCUCCAGUUUACAGAGGCCAGUCCCCAAACAAGCGCCCUGUUCAGCAGGCAGAAGGAGAAAGGGAAUACUUCGGCCGAUACCGAGAAAUUCCACCUUACGACAUGAAAGCAUACUAUGGCAGAUCUGUGGAUAUAAGAGACCCAUUUGAGAAAGAGAGAUUCCGGGAGUGGGAGACCUACCGGGAGUGGUACGAGAAAUACUACAAGGGCUACACAGCUGGAGCCCAGCCCAGGCCUUUGCUUAACAGGGAGAACUUCUCCCCAGAGCGCUUUGGUCCUCCUGGCCCUAGGCGAGAGAAUUCCCCAUAUAUUCGGGGCCGUAGAGAUGAUUACCCUGGAGGGCUGGGCCAUCGGAAUCGGAAUGUAGGUACUGGCUACUCUGAGAAGCUUCCAAGUAGAGAGGGCCAUGGCAUGAAAGAGGUGGCCAAACUGAAAGACAAGGAGGUUGAGAUCCCACCAGGAGACGGGAAGGGAAACAAACACAAGAAGCACCGCAAGAGAAGGAAGGGGGACGAGGGCGAAGGCUUCCCCAAUGCUGACCUGUUGGAAGGCUCGCGGAAGCCACGGGAUCCUGCCCCUGGGGAAGAGGGCAGCAAGUCUGACCCACUCUUCAUGCUCCCAAGCAGGGAUGAUGCUACUCCUGUCCGAGAUGAGCCAAUGGAAGCAGAUUCCGUUGCCUUCAAACCCACUUCUGACAAGGAAAGGAAAGAGAAGCCAAAGGCAAAAGCAGAGAAGACAAAGCGAAAAGCAGAAGGCCCUGCCACUACCAAGAAAGAGAUGCAAGUGAAGCCAGCUAAAACACCCCAAGAGAAAGUAGACGCAGAUCGUGAAAAAUCCCCCCCUCCUGCGAAAAAAGCCAAGGAGGAGUUGCCAAAGGCUGAUCCUAUUAAGUCAGUGUCUUCUCAGAAAGAUGAGAAGGCACUUGGUACGCCACGCAAGGUUCAUCCCCGAAGCUCAAAAGAGCAUCCAGAAACCAGAUCAGCCAAGGAGGAAAAGGCCAAGAAAGAUCCCCCCAAGGAAGUCAAGCAGGAGAAGCAGUCAAGUAAGGAGGAGAAGUCAAAGAAACCUGUGGACAAGAACAAGCCUGUGGAUGCAAAGCCAGAGAAAAGGAAAAGGAAAGCCGAGGAAAAAGGAGACAAAGAUCAUGAAACGCCGUCAUUAAAAAUGUCCAAACCUGACAUUGUAGAGUCGAAACCGUUGCCAAAGGGGAAAACUGAGCCAGAGGGUGAAAAAGCAGAGAGGACCCCUGAAAAGGACAAAGCUGUUUUGCCAGUUGCUCCUGCAAAAAAGAUUAAGCUGAACCGAGAAACUGGCAAGAAGAUUGCCAGUGUUGAAAAUGUCCCCCCAGUGAAGGAGGCUCCAGCCGAGAAGCCUGAGCCACCCCCCAGCAGCAAAGGGAAACAAGAGAAGGCGAAAGGGAAGCUGAGGAGGAAAGCCGCAGCUGCCGAUGGAUCCGGUCUGACACUGGUUGAUUACACCAGCACCAGCUCUGCUGGAGGAAGCCCUGUGAGAAAGUCAGAAGAUAAGCUGGACAUGAAGCGAACUGUCAUCAAGACCAUGGAAGAGUACAACAAUGACAUAACAGCCCCUGCUGAAGAUGUCAUCAUCAUGAUUCAAGUUCCUCAGUCCAAGUGGGAUAAAGACGAUUUUGACUCUGAGGAGGAGGAAGAAGAGGAGGACGUUAAAUCUGUGCAAGUUCCUUCUGCAGCUGGGAAGCCCUCGAGUGUCGUCAAGAAUGUCAGCACAAAGCCAUCCAACUCCCUCAAACACAGUGAAAAGGAUCCUGAAAGUUCACAGCCUGAGUCCAAAAACUCCAAAACAGUGUUAUUGUCCAGUGAGAAAGGGAAACUCAAAGAGAGGGAUCACACUGCAUCUGACAAAGACUCUUCUGAGAAAAGGAAGAGUGGCACUCAACAGGAGAAGGAGCGCUCCGAACGCAGUGCUGAACAAGGCAAUGCAAAGAACUGCUCUUCUAACUCUUCCAAAGAGGCCAGGUCUUCAGAUAAACAUGAAUCUGCCCAUGGGUCCUCUGGGAAGGAUUUCACUCCUAACCGGGACAAAAAGUCUGACUACGACAGCAGCAGUAGCAGAGACUAUUCUGGUUCCAAGCGAAGAGAGGAAAGGAGCGACCUGGCACGGAAAAAGGUCUCUCCUCCUCGCAGCCGUGAUUCUGCCACUUCUGGACAAAAAAACAAGGCCAGGGAUGAGCGAACGGAGCAGCCCAAAAAGGAGGCUGGAGACUCAAAGCGAGGCAGUUACAGCCCUCCGAGGGAUCGGAGGCCAAAUGACCACAAAGCUGCUUACGACUCUAGGCGUUCUGCAGAACAACACAAGUCCCAGGAGAGAAGUUCGGGCAAGGAAAGAGAGAAACGCCCGUCCUCUGAGACUACCUGGAGCAACAAGGAGAGGGUAGCAGGUGGGAACAAGUCCUUGCACCGCCGCUGCUCACCAGAGGCAAGAGAGUCAGGGACAAUGGUGCCGAAUGACAAGGGCACCACCAAGCCGAAGCCUCUGCCCAGCCACUCUGCCCGCCUCUCGUCUGACCCAACGAGGGAGACCGACGAGGCAGCUUUCGUCCCAGACUACAAUGAGAGCGACAGCGACAGCAACAUUUCUACAAAGCCAGAAGACUCACCUGGAAGAGCCACCCGGGAGGGGAAGGAUAAGGCCCCCGAGAACAGUAAGCCCAAGGAGGGAGUGGUGGGGGCAGCAGUCUUGGCCCCCCCAGCUGGCGGGAGCCAGAGCCAGAGCAGCCCCAGCAUCAGCCGCAGCCAGAGCCCUUCCGAAAGUCAAGGCCGGAGCCGCAGCAGCAGUGCCAGCUCGGCCGACAGCCAGGACAGCAAGAAGAAGCGGAAGAAGAAGGACAAGAAGAAGCACAAGAAGCACAAAAAGCAUAAGAAGCACAAGAAGCACGGCGGAACAGAGUCUGAGGCAGAGCGGAGCCAAAAACACAAACACAAGAAGAAGAAGUCUAAGAAGAACAAGGAAAAGGAGAAAGGAGACGACCAAAAAGCGAAGGCGGCCCCCCUCUAGGGCGGGGCAGGGGGUGGACCGACCUACAGAGGGACUGAGUCGCCUGUGUGAAAUUUUGUUAUAAUGUAAACAAACGAGAGCCUUGUAAAUAAUGCCAUGACGGGCCCUGUGCUGCACUUACACAAUUGCUGCUUGAUUUGAUUUUUACAUCAGAGCUUUAUAAAGUGAACAUUUUGUACAGACUUGUGAGUUGUGACCAUGUGAUAUGGGGGAGGGAGGUGGGUUUUUUUAUUUAAUUUUAUUUUUAUUUGGGGGGGCUCUUUUAACCACCAUUAAAAUAGUUUGGGUGGUGUUUACUGUACUGUGAAAAAAUUCACACUUUUUUUUUAAUUGCCUGUCAGGAAAAGAAAAGGGCUGGUAUCGGUUCUAAAAUAUCAGCCAGAGGACUUGUGGAAUGCAUUACAGCCCUGUUCUGUUACUUUUGGAUUACAAUAAAAAAAGAAUUCAUUAAACUUUA